GGUAGUCACACGCACGCCAGUCAACGUGAGUCUGAGGUGAACUUCAGUCAUCACAAAACAAGAGCUGUCUUUCCUCCUCUUUCGCUCGGAAUAUUUGCAACUUUAGACUUUAGGCCAUAUGUCUGCAUCAUGUUGCGAAAUGCUUAAGACGGACUGUUCUGCGCAGGCGUGAGAGGACGGAGCAGUAUAAGUCAAGGAAAUUACAGGCGGGUAUACAAACACAUGACUGACAAUAGCGCUGUGUCAGUGCCUCUGUCCGAAUAUUAAUAACCGGAAAACUUAGGCGACAACUCAACACUAAACUCAGCAGUCAACCAUGUCGACACCGGGCAGUGCUAAUUGUCCAGCCCAGCCUGGGAAGAGGCGCUUCAUCAGUGGAGUCGUGGAAGGUUUUUAUGGACGGCCAUGGACCAUGGAGCAAAGAACAGAUCUGUUUAAAAGAGAACAGAAGUGGGGUUUGAACACAUACCUGUACGCCCCCAAGGACGACUACAAACACAGGAUGUAUUGGAGGGACCUGUACACUGCUGAGGAGACAGAGCAACUCGUCGCCCUGAUAUCUGCAGCUAAACAGCAUGACAUCGAGUUCAUCUAUGCAAUCUCUCCUGGCCUGGACAUUACUUUUUCCAACCCCAGAGAAGUUGCUGCCCUGAAGAGGAAGCUGGAUCAGGUGAAGGACUUUGGCUGCAGGUCUUUCUCUUUACUGUUUGAUGACAUUGAGACUGAGAUGUGUGCAGCUGAUAAACAGGCCUUCGACUCCUUCGCCCACGCUCAGGUGGCCAUCACUAAUGCAGUGUACCAGCACCUGGGAGAGCCUGAGACCUUCCUCUUCUGUCCUACAGAUUACUGUGCUGCGUUCUGCACUCCCAAUGUGUCCCAGUCCUCUUACCUGCACACUGUGGGAGAGAAUCUGCUGCCUGGGAUAGAUAUACUGUGGACUGGUCCCAAAGUGGUGUCCCACAAAAUCUCUGUGGAGUCCAUAGAAGAGGUGUCCUCUGUCUUGAGAAGGGCACCAGUCAUCUGGGACAAUAUUCACGCAAACGACUAUGACCCCCAAAGGCUUUUCCUCGGACCCUAUAAGGAUCGUCCCACUGAGCUGAUUCCCAAACUGAGAGGCGUGCUCACCAACCCCAACUGUGAGUUCUACCCUAACUUUGUGGCCAUCCACACCUUGGCUACAUGGUGCAAAGCAACCACUGAUGGAGGACAGAGGGAUGUGGAAAUGGGUGAUGAGGAGCAGGACGCCUGCUACAGCCCCCAGAAAGCCCUGGUCCUCGCCCUCACUGACUGGCUGCAGGAGUUUCUGAGUACUAAGCAGCCUGGAGUUCGUCUCAAGAAAGAGUCGUCAGAUGAGGAGCCCAUGCAGACAGACAUGGGAGAGAGCCCCUAUGUUCCCGGACCUGAGGAGAACCCCUUGUACACAGCAGAGCCCCUAACCCUGAACGACCUGAAGCUGCUGUCGGACCUCUUCUACCUACCAUACGAACACGGGCCGACGGCCAGGACCAUGCUGCAGGAGCUGGACUGGCUCAAAAACCACAGCGAGGCUGCCAUUGCAAAGACAGACAAGACAGAGGAGUGGUGCUCAAGAGCACAGCAGUUUGAUGAGAUGUGCGAAGCGGUGGUGCAGAUGUUUAACCGUCUGUCAAACGCACCGAACCGCAGCAUUCUAUACGACCUUUACAACUACAUCUGUGACAUCAAGAGCGGGGUCGGUCUGGCUCGAGCCUACGUGAAAACGUUAGGAGGGCAGGGUCCACCCUCAGCCCAGCUCAUGAACGAUGAUCCUGAACCCUGGGGCUUCAGGGGAGGCCUCUCUGGAGAGUUCCAGAGAAUGCUGCCAUGCCACGGAAACAGGGACCUGUUCAGACAUCCUCCCCUGACAGAGGUCUACUGCAUACGGCCAUACUGCCCUGAGGACAAGAUGCAGGUGCAAAGGAUUUUUGAAGAGAUGCAAAGCGCAGGAAGGGGCAAAGUUCCCCUGAUGGCACGGCCUCCGCUUCUCUGUGACAGCCUGUCAGCGGGUGAAAUCUCCCCUUCCCCUCAGUGUGCUCUCAUCCUGGAGGAUGAGAUCGGGGUGUGUGGUUACGCUCUCGCACUCACCGACGCCCAACAAGCUGCAGCCAAGAUUCAGAGGGCAGUAAGUGACACAGUGUUGAAGGACUUCCCCUCCCUGGUGACCCUACAAGUGCUGCCCCGGGUCACUGAUCCCACCCCAGCGAAGCGUAUGAUUGGUCGGCUGUUGUCCUCCAUCAGGAGCAGCGGUUCCAAAGGAGCGUUCUGUGAGCUGAGGCAGAGCGAUCAGAGAAUGCUCAACUUUUACACUAAACUUGGCACCUUCAAACCCAUACAAAUGGCCAGUCUACCUCAAGACAUCAUUGCCAUGGGAACAAGCGUGUGAACAAGAUGAAUCACAAGGAUUUUCCUCAGGUGUGAAAUGUUUUGAGAUACUGCGAUACAACUGUUGAAUAAUUGCCAACUUUAAAGCUUGUUAAACUGAUCUGUUGUCAUUUUGUUAAUUUGUGUAAUUUAGAAGCUGUCACCAUUUGUCAGUGCCCUCCUGUAUGAUGUUCAUCAAGGAAAUGGUGAUGAAAUUUGUCUAACAAAAUAUUGUAUGCUACUGAAAAGUGUAACAUAAUACUAAUUAUUUUAUAGACAGGGAAACUGUAAAGUGUAUAGUGGACAUUUUUUUGCUAAACUUGCCAUCUUAACCCAGCAUGAUUAGGACACUGAUAACAUAUGACUUGAGGUUUCUGAUUUGUUCAUAUGUCAGAGAUGUGACUGAUGGCAGACACAGUAAAAACACGACAUUUGAACAAGAGUGCAUAUUUUAAUUAUUUGUUUUGAGAGGAUACAAAAGGAGCAUAUGAACUCUUAAUCUUUAAAUAAAGUAGCUGGUGUUUCA